AGAAGCUGACGUGGCAUACGUCGUCCACAGAGUCGCAAUUCAGAGAAAUUUACAGAGUCGCAAACUUGAUUGAUUGCCGAUCCUCCUACGCUUCUCAAACUCUGCUACUCUCGGUCCUCUCUCUCUAUGUGGAAGCCCUGACUUGUUGUUCGAAAGAUAAGCAGGAGCUGUAGGAAUGUGUAUCGACCAGUAUUAAGCUAGACACUAUUAGGUACAAUAGAGGUGAAAUGGGGGGCUCGGACUCGGAUUCUGAAUCGAACCCUAACUCCAACGGAUGGAGCAGAGCUCGAGGAUUGGUGGUGAAGACGCUGGUUGUGAUUGGUGGAGCCAUUCUGCUCAAGAGACUCACCAAGUCCACCACCCGCUGGGACCAUGCACGACUCGUCUCUCAAUCGCUUAGCGGCGAAAAGUUUUCGAUGGAGCAAGCAUCUAGAGAUCCCGAUAAUUACUUCAACAUCAGAAUGCAUACAUGCCCUGCAGCAGAAAUGGUAGAUGGAUCAAAGGUUCUAUAUUUAGAGCAAGCAUUUUGGAGGACUCCCAAAAAGCCCUUUCGGCAGAGAUUUAAUAUGGUAAAGCCUUGCCCAAAGGAGUUAAAAUGUGAUGUUGAGUUAAGUUCGUAUGCAAUUAGAGAUGCAGAAGAGUACAAAAACUUCUGUGACCGCCCAAAGGACCAACGCCCACUGCCUGAAGAAGUUAUUAGUGACAUUGCUGAACAUUUGAUGACAAUACCUCUCAAGCGUUGUGACCGAGUAAAACGUUGCUUAUAUGAAGGCUCAACUCCACCGGGAGGAUUCCCAAAUUCAUGGAGUGGGGCAACGUACUGUACCUCAGAAGUAGCAAUUGUAAAGAAUAACGAGAUGCACAUUUGGGACAGGGGCUACGACGAUGAUGGAAACCAGGUCUGGGGAGCUAAGGAAGGCCCUUAUGAGUUUAAACCUGCACCUGCUUCUAAAACCAAUGACAUGUUUUCUUUAAACUUCAUUCCCUCAUUUUCACUGGACAAAAGAAUAGAGGGUUCAUUUGUUCUAGAAGAAUGAUUACAUGUUACAUAUUACCAUAGCUUGUAAAAAUUUCAACUUAUUUAACCUUAUGGAAGCAUGUUUCCACACUCAUGCUCUGAACAUAAGUUGACAGUGUUACGUAAUUUAUUUUCAGCAAUUUUACUGUGAUGGACUACUGAGCAA